UCCGCCCAGCGGGUAUCCCGCGCGAGACCCUGAUCCGACCGCGCACUUUCCACGGGCGGUGCAGAACAGCCAGGUUACAGGUGGCCGCAGUCGCGCCGUCCUCGCCGGGGCCGGGCCAUGAAGGUCGAGUUUGCGCCGCUCAACAUCCCGCUGGAGCGGCGGCUGCAGACGGCGGCGGUGUUUCAGUGGGUCCUGUCUUUCUUGCUCCUUGCGGAGGUGUGCAUUGGAGUCCUCUUGCUACUGAUCGUGUACAACUACUGGUUCCUAUACAUCCCUUACUUGACGUGGCUCUACUUUGACUGGCGCACCCCAGAGCAAGGAGGCAGGAGGUCCAACUGGGUCAGAAGCUGGACCGUUUGGAAGUACUUUAAGGACUAUUUUCCAAUUCAUCUCAUCAAAACUGAGGAUUUGGAUCCAAGUCACAACUACAUAUUUGGGUUUCACCCCCAUGGAGUGCUGGUGGCUGGAGCCUUUGGAAAUUUUUGUACAAAUUAUUCGGACUUCAAGAAGCUGUUUUCCGGCUUCACUGCGUAUCUCCACGUGCUUCCCAUUUGGUUCCGGUGUCCUCUCUUCCGAGAAUACCUGAUGAGCAGUGGGCCAGUGUCAGUUUCCAAGAAAAGCGUGUCCCACGUGCUGAGCAAAGAGGGAGGUGGGAACAUCUCCAUCAUUGUCCUGGGGGGUGCGGAGGAGUCACUGGAUGCCCAUCCCGGGAGUUUCACACUGUUCAUCCGCCAGCGGAAAGGAUUUGUGAAAAUUGCUUUGACCCAUGGUGCUUAUUUGGUUCCAGUGUUUUCUUUCGGUGAAAACGAACUAUUUAAACAAGUGAGCAACCCUGAAGGCUCGUUGCUUCGAACUGUGCAGGAUAAACUACAGAAGGUCAUGGGGUUUGCUCUGCCGCUGUUCCACGCCAGAGGGGUUUUCCAGUACAACUUCGGCCUGGUGCCCUACAGGAAACCCAUUCACACUGUCGUUGGCCAUCCAAUCCCUGUUCAACAGACUCAGCACCCAACCCCGGAGCAGAUUGAGGAGCUGCAUCAGACCUACAUGGAGGAGCUCAGGAAAUUAUUUGAAGAGCACAAAGGGAAGUACGGCAUUCCAGAGAACGUCACUCUCAUUUUCAGAUAACUGUGCUCUUGGCAUGCAGGAGGAUGAGCCAACAUCCCAGUGAGAGAAUAAACAUGUUAAAGACGUUUAUUUUUUUCCUUGACUAUGGAAUUAAAUUUGCAACUCAAAAGUAUUAUUUAUAGUGACAGAUGUUGCUGUAGGUAGGUCUGUGUUAAAUAAAAAUACAGUGUGUGAC